GUUGCCGUGGCAGCCGCGCCCUGCGUGGCGGAAGCUCACAAUCAGCCAGUCCCGGCGGCUCCCACCCCGCCCCCUGCGCUCACCUGCCCUCGCGCUGGUCCUCCGCGGACCCCGGGCCCGCAGACACACGCACCUGGCCCUGCUGCCCCGCGCGCCAUCUUGCCUGCUCUGCCUGGGCGCCUCCACCGGUCUCCGGGAGCCCACAGUCGCGAGCCGCGCCGAGCGUCAGAGUACAAGAGCAGGAGCCGCCCGGGUCGCCCCCCGCAGGCCCAGGCGCAUAGAUGCCCAGAGAUGCGUGACUCCUGAUCGCCCUGACGCCUAAGAGUUUUAGUUUUGGUCCAGAAAGCAUUUUCAAGGAGCUGGUCAGGCAUGGCUUUAGCAGAUAAGAGACUUGAGAACUUACAGAUCUACAAAGUUCUUCAAUGUGUGCGGAACAAAGACAAGAAGCAGAUAGAGAAGCUGACCAAGCUUGGAUACCCUGAACUAAUCAAUUUUACAGACCCCAUUGAUGGACUUAGUGCUUUGCACUUAGCCUCAGUUUCCAACGAUAUUGAUAUGGUCAGCUUUCUCCUUGACCUUGGUGCUCACCCUGAUGUGCAAGACCGAAUGGGCUGUACUCCCACCAUGAGGGCUGCAGAACUGGGCCAUGAAUUGUCGAUGGAAAUACUGGCAAAGGCAAAGGCUGAUAUGACUAUAGUUGACAACGAAGGAAAAGGCGUUUUGUUUUACUGCAUUUUACCUACUAAACGGCAUUAUCGCUGUGCUCUGAUUGCCCUUGAACAUGGUGCAGAUUUCAACAAUUCUACCUAUGAAGGAAAGCCAAUAUUCCUUAGAGCUUGUGAAGAAGCACAUGAUGUUAAAGAUGUAUGCCUGACACUUUUGGAAAAAGGAGCCAAUCCCAAUGCAAUCAAUUCAUCCACAGGCCGCACGGCUUUAAUGGAAGCAUCAAGAGAAGGGGUAGUGGAAAUAGUUCGAGGCAUAUUGGAAAGAGGAGGUGAAGUGAAUACAUUUGACAAUGAGAGGCAUCACGCUGCUCAUUUUGCUGCUAAAGGAGGCUUUUUCGAUAUACUGAAGCUUCUUUUUGCCUACAAUGGAGACAUGGGACUGAUUUCGUUAAAUGGGAACACACCACUUCAUUAUGCUGCCAUGGGUGGUUUUGCAGAUUGCUGUAAAUAUAUAGCUCAGCGAGGAUGUGACCUGAAAUGGAAGAAUUUAGAUCAUAAAACGCCCAGGGCUGUGGCUAAGGAAGGUGGCUUCAAAGCAGCAAGCAAAGAAAUACGCCGAGCAGAGAGAAUUGCUAAUAAACUAGCCAGGCCAGGAGCCAAAAAUCCAAAUCCACUCUGGGCCCUUAGACUGCAUGAUUGGUCUGUAGAACGUGAGGCUUUCCUCCGGGAAGCCUUUUCUGCUGUUGACAAGGGCGAUGGGAGCGUCAGCAAGAAUGACUUCGUGAUGGUGUUGGAGGAAAGGCAAGAUUAUGCAAGCUCAGAACAGCUGGCUGCCAUUGCCCAACUUCACGAGAAAAUCCGGGGAGGAGGAGUCAAUAUUAAUGAAUUCUUUAAAGGAACCGGAUAUUUAAGCAAGGCUUUUGUUUUAGGAUCCUAUGGACCUAAGAAAAAGAAAAAAGGGAUGGGCAAAAAAGGAAAGAAAGGUAAAUUUGUCUUACCCCUUCCAAUCUGUGUCAUUCCUGACAACGCAUUUCCACGCCGGCAAGAUGGUGGGCCACCAUAUUACAUGAUUGAGACCUACAAGAAUGUCACUGAUAGCAGCCGGUUUAACAGGGAUCAUCCCCCAGAACAUCCCAUUCAGGAUGACUCUGCUUGGUACAUUGAUGAUUCAGAGAAGGCAUUUUCAAACAUUAAUAUUAUCACCAAGGCAGGGGAUCUGGCUUCUCUGAAAAAGGCCUUUGAAUCAGGAAUACCUGUGGAUAUGAAGGAUAAUUAUUACAAAACUCCACUAAUGACGGCGUGUGCAAGUGGAAACAUAGAUGUGGUCAAGUUUCUUCUUGAAAAAGGAGCUAAUGUUAAUGCAGCAGAUAAUUUUCUGUGGACUCCACUUCAUUUUGCAUGCCAUGCAGGCCAACAAGACAUUGUUGAGCUUCUUGUUAAAUCUGGGGCUUUAAUAGAUGCAGUUUCAAUCAACAACUCAACUCCUUUAAGUAGAGCCAUUGAAAGCUGUAGACUGGAUACUGUGAAAUACCUACUUGAUAUUGGUGCUAAAUUCCAGCUGGAAAAUAGAAAAGGGCAUACUGCCAUGGAUGUUGCAAAGGCAUAUGCUGAUUAUAGAAUAAUUGGUCUGAUUAAAGAAAAGCUAGAUAACUUGCAAAAAUCAGCAGAAACUCAAAAACUAAAAGGCAAGACUCCUAUACUGAAGACUGAAGGCCCUGAAAUUAAGAAAGAAGAGGAACCACUGUCAUCAAUUUAUGCUGUACCAACCAUAUCAGAGGGAAAGAAAGUGCCAAGGGAUAGUGUGGUUCAUCUCAAUUCAUUGAUUACCAGUGGUUAUACCAAGAAAGUGGAUAUCACAUUUAUCCCACGGAGGAUUUGGAGUCCUGAAGCCACAACAGCAGAGCUGAUCAGGAAGAGGGAACUGCGGCGGGAGAGGUUUACAUAUGAAGUGGACUUCGAUGAUUUUAUGAUGCCUUUUCAGAAGAACAUCACAGAAAAAGCUCGAGCAAUGGAAGCUGCCUUGAAGACCUAAGUCGCAGCAGUUACUUCUUGGGAUAAAUGCUUUGGGACCCAGGGACCAAUCUUUGGAGAAAGUAGAGAUUUCCAUCAAAGCCAAAGCAAUCCGUACACCAAGAACUUGUUACCAAAUCUUUCUUCUUGCUUUAACAACUCUUAAGUAUUCUGAGCUGUCUAGAGAUGUAUGUUAUUUUGAGAUGAAUGUUAUGUCAUUCUGGAUAAAUCCCCAAACCCCUUUAUGAAGGUAGUGAAAUACAUGGCAUGUGGGUUAUAAACAUGCUGUCAAAAGAUUUCCCAGGUCUCAAACUCCUGAGCUCAAGAAAUCCUCCCAACUGGGCUGCCCAAAGUGCUGGGAUUAUAGGUGUGAGCUACUGUGCCAAGCCUGCUUAUUAAAUAUGCAUUUCUAGUGGAAAUUGAUGAAAACAAUUUAGGUUUUAGAAAGAGAAGCGUAUUUAAUCUUUUAAGGAAGGAGUUUAUUUCUCACAUGCUAUUAUAAAGUGUGUGUAUCGGAUACCUUGGGUUGAAUAUACUUUCAACAGCCCCAGCUGUUAAAAGCCCUAGCCCUAGAUACAUAGCCCCAGCCCUAGAUUAAUAGAUAUUAGGUUGGUGCAAAAGUAAUUGCAAUUUUUACCAUUACCUUUAAUUGCAGCAAAAAUCACAAUUACUUUUGCUUCAACCUGAUAGCUAGCUAGAAAGACAGAUAGAUGAUUGAUUGAUAGAUCAAAAGAUAGGUAGAUGAAGAGAUUUAUUGCAAAGAGUUGGCUUACAUAAUUUUGGGGCCUGGAUGGUCAAGUGCUAAAUUUGUAGGGUAGGCUGUCAGGAAGUACAGGCUGGAAACAUGCACGAGCUGUCCCUGAAGUUCACAAGUGGAAUUUCUUCAUCACAGAAACCUCAGUUUUGUUCGUAUCCCUAAAUACUUCAGUAUGUGUUUCCUAAAAGAAAAGGCAUCCAUUUACCUAA